CGCUGACGUUCGUUUUCCCUUUAGCAGCGAGGAAAGCUACCAAACCCUUCAAUAAUUACAAGCAUCAGAAUGGUCUUUUUACUGCAUUAAUGCAGGAGACAAUGUUAAAAUCGCAUUGAUACUUUAAUCUAGUGCAGAUAUUUGCUUUGGUUGCGUGUGUGAUUGUUUUAGCUGGAGAGGUGAGCCAUGUUCACAGAACUCAACACGAUCCUGAACACAUCUCCAGAGAGCUUCACGCCGGGAGAGUUCAUCCUGGUGUCUGACAGACAGAGUGAUGCCUCUUUUCUCAUCCACCACUUCCUCUCCUUUUACCUGCGAGCGCGAUGCAGAGUGUGUUUUCUGGGUCUGGUCCAGUCUUUCAGCCACUACACUGCUGUCAGUCAGAGACUGGGUGUCAGUUUAACACAAGCGAAGGAGAAAGGUCAGCUGAUAUUCCUGGAGGGGCUGAAGGAGUCUUUGUCUAUUUUGAUUCCUCAAGACGAUGAGACAGAAAGUCAAGCCAUGGACUUCCUCAGAGAUCCGGCCGCCGGUCUGCAGAGGCUGUACCAGUUUGUCCGGUCCGGCCUGACCGGCCCCGGUGAGGGAGAGGCCGGGGCAGAGCCGGGCGGGGCCGAGCCGUGGGGUCCGUCGGUGCUGCUGGUGGACGACCUCAGUGUGCUGCUGAGUCUGGGGGUCGGUGCCGGAGCCGUGCUGGAUUUCAGCCACUACUGCAGAGCCUUGGCCUGCUCUCAGCUGCAGGGGAAUAUGGUGAUGGUGGUGCGCUGUGGCGGGGAAGGAGAAGGUGAUGAUGGAGACGAUGAAGGCUCAGAGUGGCUCCUGACGGGCCUGACGCACCAGUGCAGCCUCACCCUUCACGUUCAGGGUCUCCCAACGGGCUACUGCAGGGACAUACACGGACAGGUGGAGGUGUGUUGGAGGAGGAGACUCUGUGACGGGCAGCACACACAGAAGAAAGUCUUUCAGUACAAGGUCCACGAUAAAGGAGCCUCGUUCUUCGCCCGGGGGACCUCUAGCGCCGUUCUUUAGCUCCACCUUUCAACGUCUUUCCUCAUGACUGGAAAUUGUGACGGCUAAAUUUGAAUUUCACAAAAAAUAACAGACUACUUAGAUGCCACAGAGGAAGUGAAGCAGUUGACUCGUCUCCAUCGCUGGCGACCCUGAGCUGCCUGGUGAAGGGACUGGAGCGACUGUGUGAUCGGCGUCACCUGAUCGGUGCGGCUCCAGAAACCUGCAGGACGGCCUGCUGGGUCUUUAUCGGGAAGAUUACACACUCAGGCAGUUUUUCAUACUUGGCUGCUUGGAUGAAUCCAGUUUGUAUUGAAAGAGCUUGUAGACAUGCAAAGUUAUUGGAAAAAAAAAGCUGUCCAGCGUUUGUCCAGACAGAGUUUACUUCAGUUAGUAUUUCUUAAGAUGAAAUGUUGUAUGGAGCUUGAGCAGCACUGCUUUUUAUACAAUAAAAAUUGACAAAAUAUCAUGUUAUCGUUGAAUUACUGAUAAAGUUAUUGACU